AUGUCUUCCAACACCAAAGCCAACAACACCUUCUCCGCGACGAACGUCUUCAGCGGGUUGCACGUUGAAGAGUGGGCUUUGUCCAUGCUCCACUACUGCCGUUCUGAGGGCUGUGGUAUCGCACUCGACCCUAGGCCGGUUGCCCUCGCUACGGGUACCGCCGAAGAGAUGGCCGAGAGGAACAAGGAGAUAAAGGAGUGGGAUGCCAAGGACAUGCAGGCCAGGGGAAAAAUCGGCUUCAAAGUCGACCCCCACGUCUGGUCCAAGGUCGAGGAAGCAGCGACAAGUACGACGGUCUCCGUGAAAACGGCGUCGGAAAUCCUCGCCUUCCUCAAGUCCGAGUACGGCGUCCAGAAGUGCGGUGUCACCGAGGCUUUCCCAAAGCCGAAAGGCCAAGGCUCCAAGCAGAAGAAACGCGGCGGUCGCAACUACGACCGGUCUGGCAAGCGCGACGCGCAUGCCGCCAACGGCACGGUGCACUUCGCACAGUCCGCCGACCGCUACACCCCUGUCGACCAGCGGGAAUACUUCCCAGCUCCCAGGGAACUGCCGCCGCUGCCGCCUAUGCAGGAAUCAGUCCGGGAUCCGCGCCUCCUUCCUAACCAGUCGGGGCAGCGUUUCCAAGGGACCGGCGCGUCGAACAACUUUGGCAUCCACCAGGCACUUGAUCGCGCACGAGAAACGGCUAGCCUUCACGGCUCGAUACGCCCACUCGUCGAAGAUGUCCGGACCGAAGUUCAACGCGAGAUGCUCGAAGAGCGUUUGAGAGAGGAACCAUCGAUGGAGAUUGCCGAGACGCCGCAAGGCAGUCCAACUCCAACCGAGCGGACGAUUCAGGAGCCAAUAGCUCCCGAAGCGUCUCGCCGGGACCUUCAAAUAAGGUUGGGCCCCAAACCCCUCAGCCGCCGACUGGGGUCUCAGCGACGUUCUGCAACCACCGCCAACGUCGACUUUGUCGACACCGGCUCAUCCGCCGAACCCGACGUCAACGACCUCGAGUUGAGAUCAGUCGCCGAUGGACUUUCAUACGGCACCGAGUUCCUCACAGGCCCAACGUUCUUCGGGCUACCACCCAGCGACGAGUCCAGCGUCGAGGAUCUUCCUCCGCGGCCCGUUCACCCGGAACCAGUCUCGCCGAACGCCUCAGCGGAGACACUCGUGGACCCACCUCCGCGUCCCCUACCGAACUUCCACUGCAACAUAUGCAGGGGGAGGUACUGCCGAAUGCCCGAGGACCACGUCCUACUCAGCUUCGGACUUCGGCUCUCGCGAGCCGAGAUUCGACGAGUCCGCAAGGCAGACGGGAUUCCAACGGGACAGAGGCCGAGAGGACUCCAAGCCGAUCGCCUGCAGGAUGCGGCGGGAGAACUCGGGGUACCAAGCGAGAUAUUCGGGUGGCCCAGGAGGAGACAGGAGGAAUGGAUGAGGGAGCUCACCGAGAUCCGCACGGUCCAACUCGCCACAACCCCGCCGCGAUACUCCAUCAGGGUCUUCAGCACCCAGGCGCGAUAG